CGUGUACGGCCAUGUUGGUGCUUCAGCUCGCAAGGUGCACUAAAAACGAGCAGCCUCGGCUCGCUGGUGCUGGGUCGCGCAUCCAUAGGGUGCCUGAGAUGCCCAGAGGGGGUUACAUGAGCUGGUGGGGCUGUUCCUGGAUCCCUGCGUAAAUUUCCAGUCGCAUGCACCCCCGCCUUGCCUGCGAACAAGUCACGGCUGCUUGCGAACAAAUCACGGCUGCUUGCCUGUCCUCGAGCUGCUCUCAUCCGACUACUCGAUCCAUGGCAUCAUGACGGCCAAGCCCCCCGCCCUCGAUGUCUCGGCCACGCACCUCGUCGCGACGCUGUUCUACAAGGCCGACACCCCAAACUUCUUCCAGCAUGCAGACUUGUCCCCACGCAGUCCCGGCGACCCCAUCCCAUCCGCCUCGCUCGAGUCGCUAAAAGACGGCGUCGUGCCUACCCAGGACCUUGCAGACUACCCGCUCGAGCCGCCGACUCCUGGGCCCAACGCCCUCGACAACCUCUAUGGAAGCUACAUCAGCCAAAGCUGCCUCACAGACUUCUUCGCCACCCUCACCAGCGUCAUCGCCGGCCUGGAGCAGAACACGAUAACGAGCAGGAGGCUCGAGGCGAGCAAGCUCUGCAGGGUAGUCGAAGUCACCUUCCCGCUGCACAGCGCUUCGCCCAUCGCGCUCGAGACACUGCGGAGGCAUGAGGCUGUAUCGCGCUUCGAGCGCAAAUGGAACACCGAGUGCGUCUUCCAGCCAGACACGGUCCACCGCCGAUACAAGAGGCUGGCUGUCUUUGACAUGGACAGCACCCUGAUACAGCAGGAGGUCAUCGACGAAAUCGCCUCGCUGAUCGGCGUCGAGAAGGAGGUAUCCGCCAUCACCGCUGCCGCCAUGAACGGCGAGUUGGACUUUGAGGCUAGCCUGCGCGCACGAUGCAAGCUGUUGAAGGGCGUGCCAAGCAGUGUCUUCGAGACGCUGAAGCCGCGCAUCACUCUGAACGAGGGCGUCAAGGACCUCAUCACCGCUUUGAAGCGAUUAGGCUUCAAGACUGCCGUUCUCAGUGGAGGCUUCACUCCGCUGACGGGCUGGAUGGGCCAGCAACUCGGUCUCGACUACGCCUUCGCCAAUCAUCUCGUUGUUUCCGACGACGGAGCCACGCUUACCGGCGAACUGACUGGCGAAAUUGUACACGCCCAGAAGAAACGCCAACACGUCCUGGAAAUUGCCGAGAAGGAAAACAUACUUCUGGACCAAGUUGUAUGCGUCGGCGACGGCGCCAACGACCUUCCCAUGAUGGGUGUGGCUGGUUUGGGUGUUGCCUUCCAUGCAAAGCCAAAGGUGCAGAUGCAGGCUCCUGCUCGCCUAAACUCCAAGAGCAUGUUGGACGUCCUGUACCUCUUUGGUAUCUCCAAGGAGGAGCAAGAAGCACUAUUGCGAUAGCGUAGCUAAUCAAGACUACAAGAGGUAAUCAGCAUACACCCACUCGAACCGGCCACGACGCCACAAUAUGCAACCUAGCAGUCUGACU